CAAGGCUCCAAACACGAAAGCUCCCGGCAGCCUGCUCAAGCUUCCUAUCCUUUACAUAUUGAAUCCACUAUCAAUCCACUAUCAACGACGCAGCACAUCUACCACUAUUUGCCAAGCUGCUACCAAACCACAACUUCUCUUCAAACAUUUCGACCUGAAUGAGUUGACGACUAUUAAGAAUUACGAAAACACAAUACAAAAACAAAAGUCUAUCAAUACUCUUCCACCGACAAGAUGUCCAUGCGCAUAGUCCCCCCCUCCGCCCACACCAGCACCUUCAAAUCGACCAACACAUCCGCCCCGUCCGCCCCCGGCGUCCACGACACGCUCCGCCACGGCAUCGGCCCAAACACCUUGUCCGCAGAGUCCCCCGCGCCCGUCUCGCGCCACCCGCUCGAAGCCCGCCUCAAGGCCUGGGAGUCGACCCAGGAGGCCCUGCGCAUGGAGAGCCUGCGCCGCACCUUCGGCAUGGCGGAGCCUAUCCGCCGCGGCAUGGAGCUCAAGAUCACGCGCAACGGCGAGUGGCGGCCGCUGGCCCUCGGCGGCGGUGCCGGUAUUAAGAGCGUGCAUGAGGAUAUCUUGCGCGGUCGUGAGGCUACGCUCGACUGGGAGGACGUGUUUACUGGUGAGGAGCAGCGAUCUGCUGUGACUAUGCAUGAGGAGAUGGAGCGGAAGUUGAAGAUCUAGGGUGUGGUUUAAUAUAGCAUCUUGGCAAUCGGCAUAACUGUGUCAGGCGAUGAACACUGAGGUAGACUUGAACCUGGUUGGUAACGUCUCCAGGUUGACGGACAUGAAUCAGAGCGUACUUUAUACUGCGUACGAUACUAGCAAACGUCAUGAAAUAGAGUCUAUGGGCAUUUGACCCUGGAAAACCUUCACAAGAUAGUCAUGACCUAACGCAAUGAUAUAACAACUAUAUGACUACAAUAGAUCC